UGAAUCUCCUCAAAAUAUUGCUGGAUCUAAAUGAAACCUAGCCUUCUCCCUAGCGCUUGUUGCCAUUUUCCUCAUUCUCGUAUACAGAUGGUCUUUCACUACUCUUUCAAAGAACUCACCACCUUCUCCACCAAAGCUCCCUAUCAUUGGUAACCUUCACCAACUAGGGUUACAACCCCAUCGCUCACUUGAAGCCCUGUCUCAACGCCAUGGCCCUCUCAUGCUCAUCCAUUUCGGAAGCGUCCCCGUUCUUGUUGUCUCGUCUUCCGAGGCUGCAAGUGAGAUUAUGAGAAUCCAUGACCUCAAUUUCUCCAACAGACCCAAGUCGGUCAUCUUCGAGAAGCUUCUCUACAACUACAAAGAUGUGGCAUCGGCACCUUAUGGCGAGUAUUGGAGGCAGGUGAAGAGUAUAUGCGUUCUCAAUCUUCUGAGCAACAAGAGGGUUCGGUCUUUUCGCGCUGUGAGAGAAGAUGAAACCAAGUCCAUGAUCGACGAGAUAACGAAACAUUCGUCGUCUUCAAGAGUCGUGAAUUUAAGCGAAAUGUUUGCGACACUUACUAAUGGUGUCAUUUGCAGAGUGGCUCUGGGGAGGAAGUACAGUAGCACUGAUUGCCUUGAAGGUGGUCAGACCUUUAAGGAGCUUCUGCUGGAAUUUGUAAAUUUACUGGGAACCUUCAGUAUCGGGGACUUUAUUCCAUGGCUUGCUUGGUUGAACCGUGUAAAUGGUUUGAAUGCUAAGUUAGAUAGAGUGGCUAAACAGUUUGAUGAUUUUUUGGAUAGAGUGAUUCAAGAUCAUAAAGAUGAUCGUUCAAGGAGCGGAAAGGAUGGCCAUUCUCAGAUUGACAACGACAACCAAAACGAUUUUGUGGACGUUUUGCUCGAGAUUCAAAAGGAGAACUCGCUUGGUUUUCCUCUUGACAUAAUUAGCAUUAAGGCUCUCAUCUUGGAUGUGUUCGCUGCUGGAUCUGAUACCACAUAUACAGUUCUAGAGUGGGCAAUGACGGAGCUUUUACGGCAUAUCCAAGUAUCAUGAGCAAACUGCAAAAUGAGGUACGAGGAAUAGUCGGAAACAAAUCACACAUAACUGAGAAUGAUUUGGUUGA